AUGGAUUUGCGAUCGGGGCGUCGCCUCGGCUCACGGCCGCUGCUGCAGCAGCGUGAACAACGCCGGCGGCGUGGCCCCGGCGGAGCGGACCGCAUCAGCUUCCUUUCCAAUGACAUGAUUCUCCUGAUCCUGGCGCGCCUGCACUGCGUCGGCACCGCCGUGCGGACCGGCGUCCUCUCGCGACGGUGGCGCGGCCUCUGGACCCUCCUCAGCGAUCUUGCCUUCCGUGGUAUCUAUCCCACCACAAUCGAGGCGGCGUUUUCAUCCUUCAACGCAACCUCGUCCGCGGGCGCCGUGUCCCAACUCGACAUCCACCUCCCAACGAGACCGGAGGCCGCCGACGCGAACUCCCUGCUGCGCGCCGCGGCGCUCUUCUCGCCGGCCAGGCUAGUCUUCACCAUCGCACCGGCAUACGUUUCUGAACCCGGACAACACUACACCAGCUCGAUCCACCUGCCUUGCUUCCAACACACCACCUCUAUCGAGCUAGACGCGCAGCGAUUCACCGUCGAGCCUCUGGCCGCCGGCGAAUUCCCCGCGCUCGAGAGGUUGUCCAUCUCCGGCACGAUCGUCUACAUCGGUGAUUUGGUCACCCGGUGCCCGCGCCUACGCGUUCUCAAGGCCAAGCUCCGCGGCCUCGGGCACCUCUUGCUCAAGCAGGAACUGGGCUCACUCAAAGAUGCGUUGGGCUCUCGCGGAGUGGCAUUGUACCUCGACAUCUGCAUCUACGUUCGAACACCAACCGUCUCGCUCCUUAGCGAGGCAGCGGACCUCUCCCCGCAGGAGCUCGUUUACACGAAUACUUGCUCAACACAUGUCUGGGCUCAAACUCGAAACCUCCCCUGCAUUCCGCGUGCCACCUCGAUUGAGAUCGACAUGGCGGCCAUCAGCUUCAGACGACCAUCGCAUGGCGAGCUUUCAGCACUCGAGAGACUCUGCCUCUCCCGCUGCAACAUCCUAAACCUUGCCGAGUUGGUCUCAUGUUGCCCGCGCCUUCGUGUGCUCAGGGUGGACGGUGAUACGUCCCGACGCGACAUCACCGUCCACUCAACAUCCUUGCAGGAGCUUGUCCUGGGAACCUACCAGGAUUGCCGUGGCGUCAAUGUCGUGACCCCCGAACUUAAGCAGCUGACGUUGGACGUCCGUAGCGACCAGGACCUCGGCACGUCCGUCUUGGCGCCAUUGUUAGAGAACAUCUCGUGGCAGCGCUCGUAUACAUGGCCAGCUCAUGUGUUCAAUUUCUGGUUCCUCGAGAGCAUGAGCUUACAGACCGCGGCAAUCAAUGGGAAAGACGGCGCAUGGUUGUCGGCUCAACAACUCCCUCGCACCCAUGUCUUGUCCAUGGCCAUGCGUGCCUCCGUAAGUUCACGGUCCUUGCUUGUUCAGUUAACUAAUUUCAUCAGUUACCUUGUUAAUUGGUGGUCUUAUGCUCUUGGCAUACUAUUAAGCAGGGUGCCUGGCUUGCAAGAUUCAACUUUGCGAGAGAGGUAG